AUGCCAUCAUAAGAGUCGACAACUUAAAUUGAGCAAUUUCUCAUUCUAGCCAAAGGAUAGAAGUCUAAGGCACUUGAGACCAUAAUAGAUUAGAUUUUAUCGCAUGGUUUAAUCUAUGUAUUUGGAGAGUUCCUAUCUCAACCUAACUUUAUGGAUAUUGGAGCUGACAAUAAGUUCUUUAGAACAUUGGAACUGUUUGCUUAUGAUAACUAUCUUGUUUACAAGAACAGCAAGGAUGCUUUCAUCGAUUUGAAACCUCAGCAAGUGAAAAAGCUUAAAAUGAUUAGUAUUGCUGAUAGAGCCACUAGGGACAAGAUACUCAAUUAUAGUUAAUUAAUGAAUGAUCUCGAUAUCUAAAAUCUAAGAGAACUUGAAGAUUUGAUCAUAGACUGUAUCUAUAACGAACUUCUAACAGGAAAACUUGAUUAACUCAAUAAAUAAUUCCAUGUUGUUGAUACCUAUGGCAGAGAUGUUAGAGAAGCAGAUGUUAGUGAUAUGAUUAAAAAGCUGGAAGAUUGGGAUGAUUAACUAGAAAAAUCUUAAGUUUUUAUAGAAAAAAAUAUGAGAGAUUGCAAUUCAAGCAUUAUGAUAUCAUAUGAAUAGCAACUAAUACAUGAAUAAGAAAUCAGAGACAAAAGAGAUUAGUUACUGAGAGAUAUUAUGGCCGGAAAAGAAUAGGAAUAUGGAGGAAGUGGGCCACUACUCACACUUGGAAAGAAAUCUAGUUCAAAAAAAGAUGAUAGAGGCAAAGGUAUUGGUGGUUUCUUUUUUAAAAUUAUAAAUAUUGAAAUGAAAAAAGCAAAGUAUUAGCCUCAUUAACCGAAAAAUUAGUUAAGUAAUGAUCCUUAAUCUCACUAGUAAAAUUCGAAUUAAUAUGAAUAAAGAGACAAAUAUGAUCAGCAUCAACAUAAAAACUCAAAUCAUAAAUUCGAUUCUUAAUAAUAGAAAUAAUAGAACGACUACCGUUUGCACAGCAGAGAUAAUCGUCUCUCAAAUACAACAAAAGAUGAUGAUCAUCAAGAAGGAGAUGAUGAGGAAGAAGAGGAACUUGAUAUGGAUAUAGUAAACAAUGAGGAUUUGGAGUAAAAGAUCAAUUAGAUGAGGGAAAAAAUUAGAAGAUAGCAGUUAGAGUAAGAAGGCAGCGAAGGUGAAAAUGAUUAUGAUCAGGAAGAUUAAGAGUAGCAGGAAGAUUAUGGUUAGGAGGAUAAUGACAAUUUAGAACAUGAGGAAGAGUAAUACCAGAGUUAGGUUUACAAUAAUUAAAACCAUUAGUACGAGGAAGGCGAUGAAGAAGACUUGCGAAAUCAAGUGUAUGAUUAAGAGAGUUUCAGCUUGCAAUAGAGAGAUCCUAAUGAAUCAGAUGAUGAAGGCAAUGAAAUUGUCAUUAACUAGAAAACAGAAAAUAACAGCAAAAAAUUUAAAAAUCAGGAUAUAAAUGCCAAAAUAGAGAAAAUGAAAUUGAAAAUUGAGUAAUUCAAAAAUAAAAGCUAAACUCAUCUUAAACAACGAGAUAAAGAUCACUAAUCUGAGAGCUUUGCUUAGGAGAUUGAGGAUAGUUCUGUAAUCCACAAAUAAAAAGUAAAAAUCAAGAAUAAUCACAGGAAGGACAAAAGUAGACAUUUACAAAAUUAGGAUUAAUCAGAUGACGAUUAAUAAUCUCAAUCAAACAGAAAGAUUAAGCAGAAAAAAAAUAAUGAAAUAGUUUCUAAACGAAUAAGAUAAAAUUAAAGUGAUGAGGAAGAGGAGAACGACAGAAAAAACUCAAGAGACUACGAUUCUUCUUCAAAUGAAUCAUUUGACCAUGACAAUGAUGAUAAUUUUAAUGAUACUUCACAGAUAACUGAUGAUGAUGGUGUAUCUCGUUACACAGCUAAGUCUAAGAAGUCUAGGAGAGGUAAAAGAAAAAACGCUGACAAAAGUCCUGAUAACACAACCAAUAUAUUUGAUCCAAAUAUAUUUCCAUUAGGCAUGAUGACUCCAGGAGGUAUGAUUCCUGAUCCAGCAACUUGGACUGCAGCGAAUCCGUUAGGAAUGAAUUAAAUGUUUACACCUGGAAUACAACCAAAUAUUAUGAAUCCUCUUCUUGGGUAAAACCCAUAAAUGAUGCCAAUACCUCCACCAGGCUUAAAUCCAUUAGAACUCGCAGCUUUCUACCAAUAACAAUAAAUGCUUUAGCAAUAGUAAGCUCAGCAAACAUUUGGGCCAAAUAUUCUACCAAACUUUAUGAUGCAAUAACAAUCCCCUCAUCUGAUGAAUUAGUAGAACAUGAUGUUUAACCCAUAAUUACAAAUUCAACACUAAUAAAGAUAACUUUAAGAAAAUCAAUAACUGUAGGCUUAACUGUAAUAACAAAAUUCAGAUAUACAAGUGCUAAAUCAAAAGUUAUUUGACAAAGACAAAGAACUGCAAUAGUUGUAAAUGCUUUUAUAAGAUUAGAAGAUUCAAUAUGAAUAGGAGAUAAAAAUGAUUUCAAGAGAAUCUAAUUACAAGUAUGAUGAUUUCAAUAGGCUUAUGAAUGAGAAUCAGUUUUUGGUGGAUAAAUAUGAAAAGGUAUAGGUUAAAUUCUAAGCGUUGAAAUCUGAAUUAGAAUAACAAAAAGAAUUUUAUGAAAAGGCACUCGAAUAGAGAUUCAAUUAAAUGGAAGAGUUUGAAGAGGAAUGCAUGAGAUUGAGAUAAACAGUUGAGGAACUUGAGAAUAAUUAAAAUGAUAACAGGAUUAAAUGCGAGAUGGCUGUGAAAGAUAAGGAGACCCUUAAGAAAUAGCUGUAAAUAAAAGACAAGGAGACAUUUGAGGUCAGUAGAAAAGAGGAGGAUUUAUUAGCUAAACUUGAUGAACUGCAAUAGUAAUUAAAAGAAAAAGAUAUUAUUACUGAAAAAAAAGUAGAAGAAAGCUUUAAUUUAAAGUCUAAGAUUGAUCAACAGAGGCAGGAACUUGAUAAAAUGAGGAAGAGGAUGGAAAAUAUUGAAGAUCAAUUAACUCAUAAAGAAUUAUAAUUCAAGCAAGUGAACGAAGAUUUUAUUGAGUACAAGAAAAAACAGAGGUAUGAUCAAGGCAAAAUUUAAGGAGGAUCAGAUGACAUAAAAGGUGAAUUAAUGGUAGAAAGACAAUAAAAUAACAACCUUAGAGCAUAAAUAGAUCAUCUAUAGGAGGAGUUAUAUGAUGCCAGAGAGUAAUUACAAGAAGUAGAACAGUUGAGAAGGGAAAGAGAUCAACUUAAGAGAGAGCUAUAAUAGCCAAAUAAUAAGAAUUAGAGACAAAGUGCUAAUAAUGAAAAUAUAUACAAUUCUGGUGGAUUGAACUCUAAUAGGAAUUAAAAACAGCAAAUUUAGAGAGAUAGAGAUGAUUUUGAGGAAAACAAUGCCGUAUAAUGGAAUGGCCCACCAUCCAAGAAAGAAGCUCCAAAUAGAUAAGCUAGACCUUAGUAAAAUAACUUUAUUGAAGAGCAGCCAAAGACUUAAAACAGAUACAAUUUGCCAGAAUCCUUUUUCAGAGAUAAUGAUUUUACAGAGGAUUAAAUCUUAGAUUCUGCUCUAAGUAAGCGUCCGUUAGUGAAUGAUAGAUCAAAUAAUAUAUCUGCAAGAUAACAACUAGUGAAUCCUAGAAAUUAAGGAUAUGUUCCACCCGGAAUUUAGACUAAGCAAGAUAAGGAAAGAGAAUAGAAAAUGGAAUAAGUUAAAAACAUAGAAUAAAAUUUGUUAAGUCUCCAGUUAGAUUAGAAGAAACUUUAGGGUGAAUUUGAUAGAAUCCCAGAGAGUGCAAAGACUAUAGCGUAAAGAAGGAGAAAGGAAGAGUUAGAUAGAGAAAUUAAGAUUGUAAACAAGAAUAUUAGCAAUCUCAAAAACAAACUCAGAGAGCUUGACGCCCUUCAUAGAUGA